UGGCGGCGGUAGAACCAUUGGCCACACUGCGAUCGUCAGUGGCGGCGCGGACGCGGAUCGGACACAUCAGUCGGCGCCACUUUCAGUUGGUAUGAACACCAAUGGUUCUCUCCUCUCGCCUGUCCUGCCGACCGUAUCGUGGAAUCGUGGUUCCGUUUACAUCGGUGUGCGGACGGGGGAAAAAAGUGAAAAAAAAAAUUCGUACUCGGUAGUAAUAUGUCACUCGGUUUCGCGACUUCACGGGCUGUCAUGUGUGCAGAUCUUCGGUGAUCCGCGCACUUGUGUUAUACAAUGAUGACCAGACAGAUGUAUUCACUUGCCGUCUGAACCCGAUACCUCGCCGUACCGUUGCCAGCGCUGGAUAUCCAAACUUGUGGGUGCUCCUGUAGCUGCUGCUGCCUCUGCCGUCCGGUUCGUAAGCCGUACACUCCACGGGCAAGGUCCGCCGUCAUCCCCGUGUACACCCUAGCCCGUUACCGUUGCUUGAUAUCCAUGCUCGUGCAAAUGGCCGACUUUGGACGUGGGCCAGUUAUGUAAGGGGCCCCGCCGCACGACAGUGACGACACACCGCUGCCGCCGCCUCCUCCUUCCCGCCCUCGUCCGGUCACGGUGAGUGUGCCGCAUUGCUUGUCGUCGUCGUCACUCCGCAGUGACUUUGGACUGUCCAGACUUCGUCUGAAACGGAUACCGACCACGUCUUAAAGGAUGUAAAUAUUAUAGAGACAAAGUACCAUGGUUCAGAAUUCCUUAUUGAGUCUCAUGUUCAAUAUUUAAUCAGUAAACAUGAUUGCUGAAAGUAUUAAUUUCCUUACAAUUCUAUUAUAACUAUGGAAGCUAAUCAGUCUACACAAAAUAAUAAAAUGUCACGAUUACAUCACAUUCAACCAGAAGUAUCGAUUUUUGCUGUUUCUCCAAAUCCACCCCCUAAACCAAGGAAAAUAAAGAGUGAACCUCCACCACUGAAACCAGCAAUAUGGCCUAUGAAACAACCUGUAGCAUCUAUGCAAUUGCAGCAGUUCUUAAAAGCUCAUCGUCUAAGUCAAAAGCAAUCUGUACAAAGGGGGCCUCCACCACUAAAUAAAAUGCAGUAUUUUGCAAAUGAUAGUCGUACAGAGUAUCAAAAACAACAGCAGCAAAUGCAUCAAAAACUUAUGCAACAACGUAUGGCUAACAAUAAUAGUAUCCGGGAUGAUUCACCAAACCCAAUGGAUUUUCUUGAAAUUGGUGUUCAUGCUGGAAAUAGUAUCAUUAAUAAUAUUUCUAGAGAUAUAAAACCGAAAACUAAUUUUAAAUCUGGAGGAAGUUUAUUGUCACAAUCAGAUUCUGGUAGUCGUCGCAAAAAUGCUAAUCCAAGAAAAGUCGCUCGAGAAAAUGACAUUGAAUCACCAGGACCAAGUGAUCAUUUCUUGUUAUCCCAAAUAAAACAAGAAAACCUUCGUCAAUCUUGUUUACUCUGUGAACGUAAUUUUAGUAAUAAAUAUGAUUUAAGUCAACAUAUAUCUGAAAUACACGGUAUUGAACCUGCUGAUUUACAUAAAUUAAAUGGAAACUUAGGAGAAGAUGAAGAACUUGCUGAAAGUAUGAUGGAAGCUGAAACUGUAUUCUUUUGUGAAGUAUGUACUAGAGAAUUUCAAGAUAAAGCUAGUCUUUGGUUACAUAUGGUCCGAGGUCAUAAACAAGAAGCUGCAGUAACAUGCGGUGUAUGCAUGAAAAUCUGCAAUGAUAGUAAAUCUCUAAUGGAACAUGUUAAUACUCAACAUCCUAAAAGUAGUGACACUGCUGAUUCCAUUCAGCGUCGAUAUAGGUGUCAGGUGUGUGCUCGGCAACAUGAUACCAAGAAAAAGAUGAUGAGACAUGUUGUUAUUCAUACAGUUUAUGAUAAUGAUGGUCAAAUUAUAGAUCCUGAUAAAUUAAUUAUAAUUAAUAAUAAUUUUCAUCCUACCAAAUCUUCAAAUAAUGAUCAUUACACAAUAAGUUGCCAAGUAUGUCAUAAAGUAUUUCCAAGUGAAGAAAAACUUUUACGGCACAUGUCAUCAGUUCAUUUGAUGACUGGUUGUGAUGAUAUGAUAACUACUACUUUGACAACAACUAGUAACUCUUCUCAAAGUAGUUUUGUAAAUCGUUGUGAAUUAUGUGGCGAUUCUUGUGGUUCACGUACUGAAAAAUGGUGGCAUGUGCUUAAAGAACAUGGCACAAAUGAAGCUCUUAUUUGCCCAAAACCGGAUUGUAAAAAAUUAUUUGUAUCACAAGCUUUACAAAUUGAACAUCAAUCUCAUCAUGAAGCUCAAGGUGAUCUUCCUAAUACUUGUGAAGUAUGUGGUCGGUUAUGGCCUAAUCGAAAUGACUUCUAUAAACACAUAAUGGCUGUGCAUGCUGAAUGUAUGCCUUUAUUAUGUGGUAUAUGUUUAAAAGUUCAUAUUGAUGUACCAAAACUCAGAGAACAUAUUAAAGAGAAACAUGAGCCUUUAGUAUCAAAAGAAAAUGCUAUUUAUUGUGAUAUAUGCGGUCGUACAUAUACAAAAUGGUCCAAAAUGAUGAGGCAUAGAGCAAUACACAACGUUGAAGACCAAGUAUCUCAUUUUGUAACAGAUCAGUUAACAGAAGUGAAUCUAAAGUGUACAUUAUGUCCGAAUACUGAAUUCAAAACUGUUGAAGAAAUAUCCGAACAUCGAAAAAAUGACCAUCAAUUGCAUGUAUGUGACCUUUGUUCAAAAUACUAUAGUGGAAACAAUCAUUUAUGGAAACAUGUUAGUAGGCAACACAAAGGUCAUCCGGAUGUUACUUGUAGUUUAUGUGCUCGUACAUCGGCUUCUAAAGUUCACCUCAAAAGACAUAUGAUAAAAUAUCAUUCUGAUCCUGUAGAUCAGCUUAUUGACAAAUCAAAUAAUAGUAAUUGUGCUGAAGUAAAUUCCAUUCAUCAAUGUAUAAGAUGUGACAAAGUAUUUAGGAUUAGGAGCCUAUUAAAAAAACAUCUCAAGUACUGCAAGGGUAAAAGAGAUGCAAUGGCAGUACCUAAAGAAAAAGGUCAUUAUCCUUGUCCAAAAUGUGGUAAAACAUUUGAAUAUCAUACUUAUUUAAAUAGACAUUUAAGGCACAGUCAUUUAGUUCAACAUUGUGAGUUAUGUUCUGAAGAUAAAACAGGUGAACACUUUGAUAGUAAAAUGCUAUUAAUGGAUCAUAUCAGAGAGAAACAUGGAAAAGAUCCAGAGUUAUGUUGUGAUGUUGAAGGCUGUGGUAAAGUUAUGAGAACAAAAGCAGAUUGCCAGAAACAUAAACGUGAUCAUAUUCGUAAAGUGUUUUCGUAUAUAUGUGAAUUUUGUGGAGAUAUGCAUUCUAAUAAGAAAACCUAUAGAAAACAUUUGCGGCAGCGGCACAAAAGCAAUACCCAAUAUUUAUGUGGUGUGUGUAUGGAAGUAUGUGUUGAUAAUGAUAGUUUGUCAAAGCACUUGCAUGAAGCACACCCUCAAACUUUUACCAAAUCUAAUAUUUGUCAGCUUUGUGGGAAAAUUUUUAGUGUUGGAAGUAAAGUUGGGGAACAUAUUGACAAAAUCCAUGGAAAAAAUUUAAAACCUUGUAAAAUAUGUUGGAAAGUAUUUAGCGAUAUGGAUAAACUUAAAGACCAUAUUGAAAACCAUCCAGCAAAAGAAGACUCCCCUAAAGCUUCUACCCCUGUCAAAAAAUUAAUUGAACCCAAACCAAAAACUCCGAAGCUAUAUGGACUUCCAAAAGAAUUAGCUGAACUUGGUUUCAAUGAAGAACAACAAGAAAAUUUAAAACGAGAUAUAGAUGAUGUAACAUCAGACAUAAACACAAAGAGACUGAGGAAAUUACAUUCUUGUACAGUUUGUUACAAAAGUUUUAGAUUUGAAACUGAUUUAUAUGAUCACAAAAGAGAAGAACAUUCUAUUAUUGAAGAUAGUUAUAUGGAAGAAGAAACCGAACGUAAGGAGGUACAACCAUCUUUACUGAGAAAUAAAAGAACAGUUUGCGGUUUAUGUAAAAAAGAAUGGGUUAGUUUGAAACAUUUCUGGCAACAUCUUAUUAGAGCUCAUCGUCCACAAGCUGCUUUUGUUUGUGGUAUUUGUUGUCAAAUAACUUCAAGCUAUGAUGACUUAGCAUUGCAUUUGGAUAAUCAUCAUCCAAAUGCUACAGUUAUAUCAUUAUUUUCCUGUGAUGUUUGUGGUCGUAAUCACAAUGCAUUUUCUAAACUUCAGAAACAUCGUAAUAUUCAUUCUAAUGCACCACCUGCAUUCCCUAAAUAUCAUUGCGACGAAUGUGAACUUGUAUUCAAUUCUAAAUUAUUUGGCGAAAAACAUAUUUUGUGUCAUGGUCCAGGGAGUAAAUUAUGCAAGGGAAAAGAUUUAUGUCAAGAAAUGGAUGAUGAUAUGUUAGAAGAACAAAUGGAGGAAGAAGAAGAAGAAGAGGAGGAGGAGGAGGAGGAGGAGGAGGAGGACGAUGAAGAAGAAGAAGUUGAAAAUGGUGGAGAUAUUGAAAUAGAAACUAAAAGAGACGAUGAUGAUGAUGAUGAUGAUGAAGAAGAGGUUGAACAAAUUGAUGAUGGGGAUGAAGAUGAUAACGAACAAAAUGAUGAAGUAGAAGAUGAUGAAGAAACUGAACAGAAUGCAGAAGAUGAUGAUGAUGAUGAUGAUGAUGAUGAACAAAAUGAUGAUAUUGAUGCUGAAGAAGAUAAAGACCAGGUCGAAGCCAAUGAUGAUGAUGAUGAUGAUGAUGAUGAUGAUGUAGAAGAAAAUGGUGUUGAUGAUCAAGAUGAUGAUGAUGAGCAAGAGGACGAUGAUGAUGAAGAUGAAGUUUAGUUGAGGUUCCUAAGUAUUAGUUUGCAUAAAACAUUUAUUGGUUUUUUUGUUAAUUUAAUUAUUACGAAUUACAAAGUUGUAAUAAUAAUGAAUAUAAAAAUAUAAUUAAUUUCUUUAAUGGAAGAUCUAAUAUAUAAAGACUGGUAUACUGCUUAUGACUGGUAAACAAUACAUAAUUCUUUGUACCAAAACAUUGUACAUAAUUUUUAUACUUAAUAAUAUUAAUAGGCAUGGGUUUUGUUCUGUGUGUUACAUUUUAAU